AUGUCAAGUGUUUUGCAAAAAGCCAAGAAAGCUUUUAUCGAAAAGCAUCACCAACUUAGGCGGAAGUUUUUUGAUGCGAUAAUGGAUAAAACAAAGAUUGAUGGUUCUGGAAAGUUUAGUUUUGGAAAAUUCAUGAAAUUAGUCGGUGCAAAACUAAAUCCUCAAGAUGAAGGCAAGCCAUACGACUUUACCAUAGAACAACUCAAACAAGUUCUGAUAUGUGCUGAUCUCUCAAACAGAACCUAUGAUCUGGAAUUUUCAUCUCCAGAAGAAGCUGGAAAAAUCAUUUACCAGAAUACAAUCGAAGAAACUUACAAGUUGCCAAUGCAUGUUACAUACAAUGAAACGACUCAUACACUUUACAUUGUUUUUAGAGGAACUUUAAGUUUUGCAGACAUAAUUACGGAUUUAACGGCAACUCUGGCAACAUUUGAGGAUGGAUUUGUGCAUUCUGGUGUUCUAGAAACAGCCGAAAGUUCAAUUGAUGAAUCUAUUAAAAUUAUUGAAGAAUCCUUAAAGACUGAUAAUGAACUUAAGGUUAUUUUAACAGGACAUUCACUCGGAGGUGCAACUUCUGGCUUAAUUUUACACAGAUUAAAAGAAAAUUUUCCUGACAUGAAUAUCAAAGCUAUUCUAUUUGCUCCACCGCCUUCCUUAUCAAAGAACCUUUGGGAAGUUACUAGAAACGAAAUAAUUAGUUUCCAUCUAAAUGAUGACCCAGUUCCGUUCUGUUCUUUACAUAACGCCGCUGCAGCAGCUGCUGAUUCACUUCCUCAAUCUAUCGGUAGUUAUUUUGCCAAAAUUGCGGAAAAAGAUGAAUUGAUUCCUCCAGGAGAAGUCUACAAGAUCCAAAUGGUGAUAAAUAAUCCAAAGGCAACAAAAACAUAUAAAACUGAUACGGAGAAACAUUAUACACGGUUAGCUUCUGGAUUAAACGAAUCUCACCAUUCAAUGCAGUUGUAUUUUGAGAUGAUUCGAUCACUAAUCGAUAUUUUGGAGAAUCCUCCAGAAAAAGAAACAAUAACAAUGUGA